AUGUCGACAUUCUCAGAAGACAAGCUCGUGGAGCUGUUUUCGAAAGUUGGUUUCGAUGAUAAGCGAAUCAAAGAGAUUCUUAAAAACAGUAAGAUUUCUCAAUCCUUAGGAGAAGUUGUGAAGCUAUCAGGUCAGGCUGAGGAGGGAAGUGCAAAGAGUCUCGAUAAGUCCACUGAUUCGUUACUUCACAACUUAGCCACAUUGAUGAAGGGAAAGCAUUAUGAGAACAUUAAGAAUCUUGUUGAUUACAUUGUUGAAGGUAAGUUGAAGACAAACUUGCAAGUCAGUGAAGGCUUUAAGUAUGUUAAGGGCCAACAAGAUAAGGAUUUUGAUUUAGCUCAAUUUGAGAAGGCCUCUGGUGCUGGAGUUGAGAUUUCCGCUCAAGACGUCAAGAAGGAGAUUAGCGAAUACUUCAAAGAGCAUAAGGCUGAGGUUAUGGAGGCCAGGUACCGUGCAGUUCCUGCUAUCUUCGCUCAUGUCAAGGCGAUUGACUCGCUAAAAUGGGCAUCUCCCUCUCUUUUCAAGCCCACCAUUGACACUUUUCUCCUUGAAUAUUUGGGACCCAAAGAUGAGAGAGAUGUUAUGAAGAAGCAGAAGAAGAAAAAGAAGCAGGCCGGUUCUGAUGUUAGGAAGACUGCUCACUUGAAAGUUGAUAAACCUCACAAUAUGUUUGAAGAAGGAUUUCUUGGAGACCUUCAUAAGGCGGGAGAAGAGCCCCAGAAGUGGGAUGAUGUCAUGGAAGGUCACCAAAAGUUUAUUAGUGGUCAUGUUUACACCAGAUUUCCUCCUGAACCCAAUGGAUUCCUUCAUAUUGGUCACUCUAAGGCCAUUAUGGUGAACUUCGGAUUUGCCAAGUUCCAUGGAGGUCAUUGUUACUUGAGAUUUGAUGAUACAAAUCCCGAGGCAGAAGAUCAAGUUUACUUUGAUUCCAUUAAGAGAUGUGUCAAGUGGCUUGGUUAUGAACCAUGGAAGGUGACCUAUUCUUCUGACUAUUUCGAUAGACUUUAUGAGUUGGCUGAAAAGCUUAUUGAGACCGGUUAUGGUUACGUUGAUCAUUCUACACCUGAACAGGUGAAACAGCAGCGUGGUAUUAAGGAAGACGGAACCCCUGGUGGUAAAAGAGUUCCAUCUCCAUGGAGAAACAGGCCUGCAGAAGAGUCUCUCAAGGAGUUCAGAAAGAUGAGAGAUGGAUUAUAUCAACCAGAAGAGGCCACACUUCGUAUGAAGCAGGAUCUCGACUCUCCUUCUCCUCAGAUGUGGGAUUUGGUGGCCUAUAGAGUACUUAAUAAGCCCCAUUUCCGUACUGGAGAUAAGUGGAAGAUCUAUCCGACAUAUGACUUCACUCACUGUCUAGUAGAUUCUUUUGAGAACAUUACACAUUCCCUAUGUACCACCGAAUUCAUCAUGAGUCGUCAGAGUUAUGAGUGGUUGUGUGAUUGUCUUCACGUUUACAGGCCUCCUCAGAGAGAGUAUGGUAGGUUGAAUAUUACGGGAACCAUUAUGUCCAAGAGAAAGAUCGCCAAACUCGUGUCGGGUCAUUACGUUCGCUCGUGGGACGAUCCAAGACUUUACACUUUGGAAUCUUUGAGAAGACGUGGUGUUCCUCCUGGUGCCAUUUUGACGUUUAUCAACACUUUGGGUGUUACUACUUCUACUACAAACAUACAGGUGGCUCGUUUCGAGAGUUCUGUUAGGGAUUAUCUUAACUAUACUACUCCACGUCUUAUGAUGAUUGUUGAGCCUAUUAAAGUUGUUCUUGAUAAUGUGGAAGAUGACUUUGAAGAAGUAACCGAGAUCCCUUACAAGCCAGGUAACGAUACCUUCGGAGUGCACAAGCUUUCUCUUACCAAGGAAUUCUACAUUGAUUCGUCUGAUUACAGAGAUGAGAAAUCCAAGGGAUAUUUCCGUUGGUGUCCAGAACAGCCGGUUGGUCUUAUGAGAAUCAAGCACACUAUCUCGGUGAAAUCUGUUGAAAGAGACGUCAAUGGAACUCCCGUGACAAUUCAUGCUGAGUACUUGAACGAUUCUACAAAGCCAAAGGCAUACAUCCAAUGGAUUCCAAUUUCCGAAAAGCAGAAAUCUCCGGUCAAAGUGUCAGAAGUGAGGAUUUACAAUCAGCUCUUCAAGUCGGAGAAUCCUGCCUCCAAUCCAGCUGGGUUUUUGGCCGACAUUAAUAAAGACUCUGAGGAGGUCAUCAAAGGGGCUCUCUUGGAGCCUGCUUUCGAAGAGGUCAAAGAAAGAUCACCUUAUAACAUGCCAUUUUCCGAUCCUCAAUUCUCUAUUGAGGAGGAAAAGGGACCCGAAACAGUUCGUUUCCAGGCUGUUAGAGUUGGAUACUUCUGUUUGGAUAAGGAAUCGACUUCUGAGAAGUUAAUUUUGAACCGUGUAGUGACCCUUAAGGAGGAUUCUGCCAAAGACUGA